CUUAUUUAGAACUCGGCGGACACAAUAUUAUCUUAAUUGUUAAUUUAAAAUUUAUUUGUUAAAAUGGGAGUUACGACUGAAUUUGAAACAUUGGAAGAACAAUAUUUGGAAUUGAUUGGAGAGUUUAGGACUCUAACAAUUUCUGAAAGUCGAUUACGAGAGUCGGUACGCACGGAGUCGACACGCGCCGAGGCUGCGGAGGCGGCGCGGGCGGCCGCUGAGCGCGCGGCCACGGAGGCCCGCAACGGAGCCGCCGCCGCCACCGCCGCCGUCACCAAGGCCACCAGUGCACUAGCCACCUCCCAAGAACAUAUUACAGGACUCAAAAUGCACCUGGAUUUAACGGAGAGGCAGCGAAAGCUUUUAGAAGAUCGAUGUGGCGAAAUGACAGCACAGAUUGGCUCACUGGAGAGGCAAGUUCAGCAACUGAAACCUUUGCAAUCUGCUCAUGCUACUCUUCAACGGCAAUAUACCGAACUUCAAGAGCGCAUCUGUAAGGCAACGGAAGAAGCACGGAGGGAAUCAACUCGUCUUGAGAGCGAACUUCGAAGAGUGGAGAAAUGUGCAGCUGCUGGUUCUGAAAUACGAGAGCGCGCUCGCCUGGCCGCUGCAGCACAUGCUCGAGAGAGGCGCCUUACUGCUGCAGAGCUACAACAUACCAAUAAAGUACUUAUAGCUGCUAAUAGUAAGUGAACAAAUAAUAUCCAUUAUUUGAAGUAUAUUUACACGUAUAAAACAUUGUAAUUUUAUUUUGGUACAGCGGAAAUAAGUAAACUAAAAGCCAUUAUCGCCGAACUCCAACUACAGUUAGCUGAAAUAAGUGAUCAUCCAUCUAAGAAACCAAUUGAUCUUGAUGUUGAAGCUCUAGUUGAGGCACGGGCUGCUCUGGAAGCAGAGAGAGCUGGCGCAGCUAAACUUGAAAAGGCUUUGGCAGCAGCUUUAGCUGAUAAUGCCACAUUGGCUGCACGUAUCAACAAUAUGGAUAACACUGAUGAAGAAAGAAAUAUGAAUUCUACACCACCAGAAUCUGCUGCUACUAACAUUUGUCCCAUAGAUUCAUUCUUAGCAGAAUAAUUAUUCUUAACUUUAGCGAACUUUACUACAGCUUUCUACUACUUGUGCGUUUAUUGGUAACGAAUGUAAUAAUGUAUACCUAAGUGAUGAAGUAACUCGUCAAGUCACAUGGAACUACUUAGUAGGUUACGUAAUGAGAAUAUGUCAUCAUUGCUCCGAUACGCAAGGAUGAUUAAUGUCUCAGUGAGACAGGUACAAAAAACGUCGGUACAUGUAGGAUUAUAGAUAUAGUAGUAAUACAAUAUUAUACGUAGUUAUAAAGCAUCCAGACUUCAUUAGAAAACAAUGAUGUGUGAGAAGCCACUGCUAAAAUUUAGCUACACGAACAGGUUUUAAAAUCGCGACUUGCAUGUCCAAAAUUUAGAGGUCACGUUGUCCUUUCCUCGAAUGUUACGCUUUCGGUCCGACCUGUUUUGUAUAGCUAGAUUCCUCACUGUUUUGUUGACGUAACGGAAUUUAGCUUUU